AUGGUCAGUACUGCUUCGGAUGGAGAUGGUGCGGCUCAUGGAGACGAAGUGGGGCAUCCAACCGAGGCGUCGGGCUCCAGCGCUCGUCCCAGUCCCGCCAAUAGCAUCGCGCAGCAAGAGCGACGUCCAGCUUCGAGCUCAAACCCACCCUCGACCUCGUAUACAUCCUUUCGCUCUCAGCACAGCAAACUAUCUUCGUCGUCCUCCUCACUCCAGCCUGCGGACCAGCCUUGCGAACCUGCACGCGGCUAUCAGACGAUUGCUUCCGUGGAACCGACCCCCAAGCGACCGCUGUGGAGUCUGGGGACGACACUACCGAGAGUGCGACGCUUGCCAUCAACGCCGAUCAAGACGGCACAGCCAACACCUGGGAGCCGAUCCAACUUUGUGCGACAGCCUCCUGUGCAGCCGGUGCGGCGGAAGACAGAAUUCGAGCCGGCAAGACACGAGCCUGUGCACGGUCACGACUACGCCAAUACCGAUAAUGCUGCAGCGAGUGCCGAUGUGGACCCGCGUGACUUGCAUGUCAGCCCGACGAUCUCCGCGUCGUCGGGCGCGACCGCGGAUCUGCCUCCCAUUCAGGAAGGCGAACCGCUGCCGAACAGUGCGAUUCAUGAAGCAUCUGAUUCGCCGCAAAUCCUGCAGAUGCGACCCCGAGUCGACUGCUCGUUCAGCAGUCCCACUGUCGCUGAUGCUAUUAGUGUGGGCCUCGUCGACGACGAUAGGGCUGGUGCAGAAGACGGGUCGGAUCACGCUAUAGGCCAGCAACGUCUCUCUACCGCACGCAAGCAGCUCGUUGAAGAGGCGCAGAAUGGAACCGCUUGCCUCGCGAUGCAAGAGAGCGCGGUCGACACCGAAGACGACCCGCACAGCCAAACUGCUCGGCAUACCAAGACAGCCUCUAUGCCAUUCCUCCCUUCGCAGGGGUUCGAGAUACUCGUUCCGGAAGCGAGCGACAAGGGCGCGAAUCAGCUGAGACGUGAAGCGAGCCACCGCAAGAGAUCUCGAGCAGAUUCGCAAAGAUCGACGAUGGAGCAGACACGACAUCCGGGUCUGUCGGGCGCAAGACCUGCGCCGAAGGGUCGCACGGCUGGUGGACCCGCGGCAGGCGUGGGCAUCCGCAAGGGCUCGAUGCAGAGCGUCGGUCGAGGCAGUGUGGCAGCCGACGAGGAAGUUCGUCCGACCAGCUACUUUGACCAGGAACCGUCGAGUCACGAGCUCGCGCAUCUUGACCGUCAGGGCUCGACGCGGGGCUCGCACGAGGAUCACAUCGAGGCCAGACCGCUAGGAGGGAGGAGUAGCAGCCACUGCAGCUCGAAUGGUCGCGACACUAGAUCUGCCUGGCUUGCCAAGAGCAUGCCUUCUCAGAUAAACGCGGGCAACAAAGACGGUGAGAGGAGCGAAGAUGCACCGGAGGCCGGCAGAACGUCUGAGGAUGCUGGGCACGAUGGUGCAUUCUCGCACUCUGCGGGCGAAAAAGCGAGACACAGCGAAGAGACUGCUAUCUCUUCGACAGAUGGAGACGGCAGGACAGGUCACGAGGGCGCUCAAUCUGAUCAAGACGAGCAGUCCCACCACGAGAAUGAAGAAGAUCAUCCUUGGCUAGGUGGUCAAGGGACGCUGGCAGACGGUCGAAUCGUCUUCCCGACAACGUGGUCCCGAUGGCGUUACCACAGCCGCGAAUUUCUGGCCGAGCUGCUGGCGACCGUGUUGCUGAUCACGGUGGGCACGGCGGUCGAUUGCCAAGUGACGCUCUCGCAGUCGAUGGGCCCGAGUGCGGGAUCGUAUCCGAAUCAGAAUUGGGCUUGGGGAUUCGCAGUAGCUUCCACGAUCUAUCUGAGCGGUGGUCGCAGCGGUGCGCAUUGCAAUCCUGCAAUCACCUUGGCCCUUGCCGUGUUUCGCGGAUUUCCGUGGAUACAGGUGCCUAUCUAUUGGAGCGCCCAGCUACUAGGCUCGGUCCUAGGAGCUGCAAUCACCUAUGGCAUCUAUCUGCCUGCCAUCGACCAGUACGAAGGCGGACGAAACAUCCGAACCCUCUCCGGUGACCAUGGAACCGGACGGCUGUUUGUCACAGUCCCGCAGCUGGUCUUCACCUCCGCGUCUGGGUUUGGGACCGAGGUGGCAGCAACAAGCAUCCUGAUGGCCAUGGUGCUGGCGGUAGGCGACGAGACCAAUGCACCACCUUCAGAUGGUCUCUCUGCGCUGGUGCUCGGGUUCGUGGUGGUGAUGAUAGGCAUGUCGUUCGGCUGGCCCACGAGCUAUGCCAUUUCUCCGAGUCGCGAUCUGGGGCCGCGUCUGUUCCUGUCCAUGGUCGGAUAUGGACACGAGUUGUGGACGCACAAUGCUUACUGGUGGCUGUACGGACCUCAGGCUGGGUGCUUUGCAGGCGCCCUGUUGGGCGCUCUGCUGUACGAUCUCGCCAUCUUCACAGGCGAAGAGUCGCCCAUCAACUACACGCGACAGGGAUGGAUGCAGUCGACGCCGGCGCGCAUGGGAUCGCGUCUGAGAAACACAGCCGAGAGGGCGCACUUUCUGCGUCGGGCGCCUCGGCUGCUCAAGAUCCAAAGUGCUGGAGGCAGGAAAUCGAAGGAGGAGGCGAUCGACGGGAGAGUGGCAGCGCUGAGAUUGUCCAAGUCCGAGAACGAUGCUUUGCCGGGAGCAGAUGCAGGAUCCAAGGAUGACCCCGUGCCGAGGCGAAGAUCGAGCCACACUUCACAACAGCUAGACGCACAGGAGCAAGGGCGACUGUAA